AUGGAGAUAUUAACCGCAGAGCAAGCUGGCCUCACCGGAGCUAUACCAAAAGAGAUCGGUAAUCUUCGCAAUUUGGGAGUAUUAGAAAUGGAUUUGAAUAGUUUAAGAGGCCAUGGACUACCCAAUCUAGAACAACUUUGUUUGGGUUCCAAUACUCUUACUGGAGUUAUCCCCGACUCUAUUUCCAAUGCUUCUAAACUUACUAAGCUUGAUCUCAUUUCCAAUAGAUUCAGUGGCCCAAUUCCGAACUCACUUGGCAGUUUAAAACUCCUGGAGAUUCUAAACUUGGGAAGGAACAAUUUAACUUGUGCAUCUUCAUCGUCAGAAUCAGAACUGCGCUUCAUAACUUCCCUGACAAAUUGUAGAUUUUUGAGAGUGUUAUGGGUAGUUGAUAAUCCUCUAAAUGGCACCAUUUCAGUUUCCAUUGGGAAUUUCUCAACUAGUCUUCAAAAUUUUGCCGCAAGUAAUUGUACAAUCAAAGGAGACAUUCCUGCAGAAAUUGGUAAUUUGAGCAAUUUGCCAUACUUGAUUCUAUAUGGAAAUGACUUGACUGGCUUCAUUCCGGCCACAGUCAGAGGAUUAUUGAAGCUUCAGGCGUUAAGAAUCGGUAGUUUAAAGGUUGCAAUAGUUAUAGACCUCUCAUCAAAUCAGUUCUCAGGUGAUAUUCCUAGCACAGUUGGUGGUUUGCAAAACGUCAUUAAACUCUUUUUAGACGACAAUAGAUUACAAGGAUCUAUUCCUGAGUCAUUCAGUGGGCUGAUAAGCUUGGAAUUCUUGGAUCUGUCCCAGAACAAUCUCUCUGGCGUGAUACCAAAAUCGUUAGAGGCACUCCAACGGCUUACAUACUUCAAUGUUUCUUUCAAUAGAUUAAGAGGGGAGAUUCCCAAUGGAGGUCCUUUCAUGAACUUCACGAAGGGAUCUUUUAUGUCGAAUGAAGCAUUUUGUGGUGCUCCUUGGUUGCAAUUCCCGCCAUGUGAUUCUAAUUCUCACCAUAGAUCAAAGAACAGGAGAGUGCUUCUAAUUGUAUUUGCCUCGUUGGGGAUUGCAUCUUGUUAG